AUGCUGCGGACUUUUAUGAUCCGAAAGCCCGACUUUAUUAGCCCACAAAAAUGUAUAGCUCGAACUUUGUCUUCGCUUGAUAUUGCACCGAGAAUAGGGACUCGACAAGACCUGGAUUCUCCUGAAUAUCAGGAGAAGUAUGGGCGGAUGAAAGCUUUGGUGCAAGAACUCAGGGACAGGGUCUCUGUUAUUUUACAAGGUGGUGGUGAGAAAGCUACAGAACGUCACACAUCUAGAGGGAAAAUGUUACCUAGGGACAGAAUAAACACAUUACUAGAUCCACAGUCUCCUUUUCUAGAGUUCAGUCAGCUGGCUGGAUACAACAUGUAUGGGGAGGACUAUGUUCCAGCUGGAGGGAUCAUUACGGGCAUUGGAAGGGUGUCUGGAGUUGAGUGCUUGAUCACAGCCAACGACCCCACAGUUAAAGGAGGUACCUAUUAUCCUAUAACUGUGAAGAAACAUCUGCGAGCCCAGGAAAUAGCAUUGCAGAAUCGACUGCCAUGUAUAUAUUUAGUUGACUCUGGGGGAGCUAACCUGCCAAGACAAGAUGAAGUCUUCCCAGAUCGAGAUCAUUUCGGGCACAUAUUUUAUAACCAAGCCAUAAUGUCAGCUAAACGCAUUCCCCAGGUUGCAGUUGUGUUAGGUAGUUGCACAGCUGGUGGUGCCUACACACCAGCCAUGGCUGAUGAGAGUAUCAUUGUCCGCAAGCAAGGAACCAUCUUUCUGGGUGGUCCACCUCUGGUGAAAGCUGCAACAGGCGAAGAAGUUACUGCUGAAGAUUUGGGUGGUGCAGAUCUGCAUUGUGGAGAAUCUGGUGUAACUGACCACUAUGCCCAGGAUGAAGUCCAUGCCUUGCACAUAGCCAAGAGGGUCAUCAAGAACCUCAACUACAUCAAAGACCCCGGGGUGACAGUAGAGCGGCCAGUCGAGCCUCUGUAUCCAGCCGAAGAGCUGUAUGGUAUUGUGGGUGACAAUCUGAAGAAGACAUUUGAUGUCCGAGAGGUGAUAGCCAGGGUAGUCGAUGGCAGUGUAUUUGAUGAGUUUAAAACAAAGUAUGGAGAAACGUUAAUAACCGGCUUUGCCAGGUUAUGGGGCUACCCUGUGGGUAUCAUUGGGAACAAUGGGGUCCUGUUUUCGGAAUCAGCAUUGAAGGGUACACACUUCAUUGAACUUUGUUGUCAACGGAACAUUCCGCUCAUCUUUCUUCAGAACAUCACAGGCUUCAUGGUCGGGAGAGAAGCUGAGGCUGGUGGUAUUGCCAAACACGGUGCCAAAAUGGUCACAGCCGUGGCCUGCGCCAAGGUGCCUAAAAUUACUGUCAUAAUUGGAGGUUCAUAUGGAGCAGGGAAUUAUGGGAUGUGUGGCAGGUCAUUUUCACCAAAUUUUUUGUACAUGUGGCCGAAUGCUAGAAUAUCAGUCAUGGGCGGGGAACAAGCAGCAAACGUUAUGGCUCAGAUAAGCCGAGAACAAAGGCAGAGGGAAGGAAAACCGUGGACAGAGGAGAUGGAGAACAAGCUGAAAGCUCCAAUACUCGCCAAAUAUGAGCAGGAGGGUUGUCCCUACUAUGCCAGUGCCAGACUGUGGGAUGAUGGUGUCAUUGACCCUGUGGAUACCCGCUCCGUCCUUGGCCUGUCCUUGAGUGCAGCCCUGAACAAGCCUCCAGAGAGGACCAGAUUUGGCGUCUUCCGGAUGUGA